AAUUGUCUAUUAAUAGCUAAUUGUGUACAUAACAUUUUUGUAUUGCAAGCUGAACUAACAGAGUUAUCUGAAUAUUACUUACAGAUUUAUCUCCGCUACGUAGUACUCAAUUUCAUUGAGCAAAAUGAGGUCGAGGUGGCACCAUCCUCAUGGCUAGAGUGGAUCGAUGGGGUACUGUUUUGCUAUUGGCCCAAUUCAAAUGUUGGGACCAAGGUCAAAAAAUGUGCCAUUCGAGACGAACACCUCUGGACAAAAUAUGCAGUCAGAGUAUUUUCUGACACAGACAAUUACAACCUGGCCAGAUACCGGGUCCAAAAAGCAAUGGAAACCUCUCAUGUUGAGGACUCUGAUGAAAACAGUGUACGAAAGAUCAUCCCACCAAGACGAUUCAGAGAAGAAGAAAUCCAGCCCAGAAGAGCACAACACUUUCAGGAGGACAGUGAAUCAUCCCAAGGUGAAAUCAAUGAGCUGUCCAGCUUGAGAGCAAAGAAAACCCAAAAACGGUCAAGAUCGACACCAAUUAGAUCUGAGUCUGAGGAGCCUGAUGAAGAUGAAGUACAACCUAUAACAAAAAUAACAAAAAGGUCUAUAUUGCCUGAAGCACCUCGCUUUUCAUCUCCUUCAUCACAACUGCAGCCACAUCAGUCCAUUUCUGCCAACUUUCAGAAUCAAGGGAGUGUGAAUGAUCCACAAUCUCUUCGAGAUGAGGUGCUAGAGGAACCCUGUGAGACUGUGGAGGAAUUAGAAGAGCUCUGUGAGAAGCUAAAGGAUGCUGACCUUCGAAAGAAGAUGAUUCGUUAUCUGUGUCUUCAGAGUGGAGGCACCUUGGGAGAUGGAAUAAGGAGAAUGUUAAAAAAAAUUGGAGAUAACUCUUUAUGGACACACUAUAGCUACAAAGGGAGAAAGGGAAAGCUUAAAUUUCAGCAGCUCCUAAUUAAUGAUGUGAUCAUACGUGCAUGCAGUAAGGCAUAUCCACACCAAAAAAGCCAGAGUGUGGAGGAAAUGAUUGCUGUGACCCUGAAACAUGCCCCAGAUCGUGCAAAAACAGCAAAUCAGGCAAGUGCAUAACAUUUAAUUCUAGCAAUUAUAAUAGGUUAGAUUACAUUAGAUAGAUUAGAGUUA